AUGCUCCAACAAGAGCUGCAAAAACAGCAACAACAACAAGAUCAAGAAGUAGUUGCUGCACAAAAUGAGGAUAUUGAAUCAAAAGGCAGGGACUCAAACAACAAACAUUUUGCCUCUUCUGACUCUGAUGAAACCAUCACUGCAUCACCAAAUUCAGACCGAAUUACGAUCCCACAACCAUUGUCGCCACAACCACAAGCUGCCUCAAAAUUGGGAGCUGAGAAGCCAUUAGUAUUGCCGGAGAAGGGGAAGCUACUGCAAGCAGUAAUCGAAGCCGGACCACUCCUUCAAAACCUUCUCCUGGCUGGACCUCUGCCUCAGUGGCAGCACCCUCCUCCCCAGCUCAAAUCCAUUGAGAUUCCACCGGUUGCAAUCUUUCCCCCAACGGGGCAGCGUCUUCUGCACCAAGACUCUUGCAUUAGCAGUAACAUUAGCUGUUUCAGCAACAAGAGAAGCCUGGUGCACUGUGAUGAGCCUGGUUCUGAUUCUUCACCCAUCACCAAGUACCAAAAGCUUGUUCUGCAUUGA